AUGACGAUUGUAAGGAUGGCAGUCCCCGGCUCGCGUCGCCCCGUCAUUCUCGACGCCGCCGGCGGAGUCCUCGUCCCCACCCGCAAGCACCAGCACCCCGUCCAGCAGCAACAGCAGCAGCAGCCGCUCAAGGUGCACCAGCAAGUGACCGCCCCGCACGGCCCGCCCACCGCGCCGUCUCGCCGCAAGCCGCAGCGGACGUUCAAGUCCCCCUCGCUCAACGACGACUACGGCCUCCGCAUCGAGGGCGACCGGCCGACGAACCCGAAGAAGGCGCGGGCAGUCGCCCAGCCAGAGCAACCGUUAGCGCCGGCGCCACCGCAGGCGCCGCGCGAGUCAGUCUACAAAUACGUCCCUCCCACACGCCCCGCCCCGUCCCUCUACCACCCUCUCGGCCCGCUUGCCGCCUCCCUGCCGCCCCUCAGCCUCAACGCGAGCGUCGUCGACCCCGAGGAGCCAGUCCCGGCCGUCUCGACGCCGCAGGAGACUGUGGCGCCCUCGCGCGCCCGCAAGCCGGCCGGCGCCAAAGCGCGCGAGAAUGAUGGCACCAGUCCUGCGCCCACUGGCACCCCCACCAACGGCGUCGAGAACACCAAGCCUGACAACAAGAGCCCCCGCAAGCGCCGCGCAGGCGGUGCCGCGGGCAGCGGGACCGCGAACGGCGGCUCGGUCCCGGCUGCCCAGAAGCGCAAGCGGCGCGAGCCCGAGGACGACGCCUACCCCGCCAAGCGCGCGCGGGGUACGGCGGCUACUCGUGGCGACGCGACCCCGCCCGUGGUGAGCAACGUGCCUCUUCCCGAAGACGACGUCGAGGAAGAGGCCGCACCGCGCCGCACAACGCGUUCGCGCACUGCUGCGACGCGCCCGACCGCGGCUGCGCGUGGCGCCCGCAGGCGUGCGGACUCUAGCGCGAGCGAGGCCUCUGUCGCGUCCAGCGUUAGUGCUGGCCACAAGAAGGCCGACGCCGAGGCAGAGGGUACGCCGGCUACCACUGCCGAGGCCGCCCUCGACGACCCUGAGCAUGAUGCCGACAAGGACGUGCUCAUGCCGCCGGCUGACGACCGUGAGGAUGGACAGGACGACGGAGGUCCUUCCAUGCCGGCAACGGCACCGACCUCGGCUCCGGACUCAAUGGAAACCGACGCGCCCACUCUCGUGGCAAAGGACGCGCUGGUCGCGUCGCCCGAGGAGAUGCCGAAGCCCGUCGCCUCCCUCCUCGCCAGCGUCGUCGACGACCAGAAGGAGGAAGGCGAGCUCAGCGAGUGA